UGUUCGUAUAACAUACAAGACUAUAUAAGACUGAAAGGUGAGAAGUCACAUACACUACAGAGAGACAGACACGCUUGCCAGCAUAGAUGGCAGCCUGCAAACCACUUGGAUCUGGUAAAGAAUGCAGCUUUGUGGAUAAAGAUGAAAUCUGGAAAGUUCAUGUCAAAAUAGAGCUUCAGUCAGCCAAGGACUGGCCCAAUAAAUGGGGAUUCUUGAGCAAGUCCUACAAGGAGAUGCAGGAGGAGAGCAACAAGCUGAAGGACGUUGUCAAAUUGGAGCUUCCCCAACAUCUUAAAACACGACCCCCUACCCCACCUGAGAAAUACAUCCAAGUGGGACCCUCUCCCCCAGUUCCCCAGACCACCCAGGCUCAGAUUGGCUGGCGCUCGGCCGUGCCCGAGUUGCAGUUGGAGCGCUACGGAAAUGUCCAGUGUGGGAAGAAGAGCUUCCUGAAGGAGCUGGGCUGGGCCUUCGACGCCUGCAGCUGAAAAAAAAACUCUUCUGCCAUGACACCUACCUCCUAGGCCUUGGCGAUGCCAUGCACAGACUCAAUAUUGAUGACUACUCAAUAUAUGACUUUCUCUUAUCCCUUGCUCUUGUUUGUCUUUGUCCUCCUCGCUUCCUCCUUUUUGUACUCACAUACUCUUAAAUCCUAUGAAAUUAGCACUAUCAGCAUUUUUUUAUAUAUUUUACUAAAUAUUGAUAAAUUCUCACUAAUCAAUAGAAAAUACUAUUAAUCUGCUCUUAUUUACUUCUGUCUCUCACAUUUAAUUUCAACACAAAUAUUGCAUACUAUAUCCAACAAAAUUACCACAAUGGGUUCUUGGUUAUUUUGAUCCAAUGACAAUCAUUUGAUUAUUUAUAGGAUAUUAUGUUCUCUCCUUUCAUUAUCCUGUAGUCAAUGGUGCUGUAUUCCCACAAAUGUAAUGUAUUAGUUAAGGUCCAACAUUUUAAUUUUGAGGAGGGAAUUUUAAACAAUGUUUGUUCACAUUUGAUAUACUUGGUAUUAUUUUUUCAAUGGCAGUAUGGUUGACCAUGUAUCAAUAUCUUAUCUUGCAUUUUAGCAUAUAUUCUGUUAGGUUUCAUAAGAUUGUUAUAACAAAUUAAGAUUUUUACAACAAAUUAAAGUAGACUUUAGGGGCUCUCAAGUGGCCGGGAGACCCAUGAGGCGGCGCACAAUUGGCCCAGUGUCGUCCGGGUUAGGGGAGGGUUCGGGAUUUCCUUGUCCCAUGUGGCGGGCUGGGUGCCUGCAAGCUGACUUCGAUUGCCAGCUGGACAGUGUUUCCUCCAACACAUUGGUGCGACUUUCUUCCAGGUUAAGCGAGCAGUGUGUCAGAAGCAGUGUGGCUUGGCAGGGUCGUAUUUCGGAGGACGCAUGGCUCUCGACCUUCGCCUCUCCCAAGUCCUUAGGGGAGUUGCAGCGAUGGGACAAGACUGUAACUACCAAUUGGAUGUAUUCACAAUCUAUUUGUUUAUAUUAAAAAGUAUUUGCAUAGAGAAGCUGGGUAGCACUAUUUUACCAUAUAGAAAUUACCAAAUAUUUACUAAGAUGUGGAUUCAUUAUAUCAAGCAUCACUAGAAACCAUUUACCAGCUAUGUUGAAUUAUUAGCCAAGUACCAGAAAGUAUUUCCUACUACACUGAACAAAAAUAUAAACGCAACACGUAAAAUGUUGGUCCCAUGUUUCAUGAGCUGAAAUAAAAGUUCCCAGACAUUUUUCAGAUGCACAAUAAGCAUAUUUAUCUCAAAUGUCGUGCACAAAUUUGUUUACAUCCAUGUUAGACAGCAUUUGUCCUUUGCUAAAAUAAUCCAUCCACCUGAUAGGUGUGGUAUAUCAAGAAGCUAAUUAAACAGCGUGAUCAUUACACAGGUGCUGGGGACAAUAAAAGGCCACUCUAAAAAGUGCAGUUUUGUCACACAACACAAUGCCACAGAUGUCUCAAGUUGAGUGAGCAUUCAAUUGGCAAGCUGACUGCAGGAAUGUCCACCAUAGCUGUUGCCAGAAGAUUAAAUGUUCAUUUCUCUAUCAUAAGCCAUCUCAAACAUUGUUUUAGAGAAUUUGGCAGUACGUCCAACUGGCCUCACAACUGCAGAUCACGUAUUUGGCAUCGUGUGGACGAGCGGUUUGCUGAUGUCAACGUUGUGAACAGUGUGCCCCAUGGUGGCGGUGGGGUUGGGAUGCUCUGGAUCAACAUGUACGACAGUGUGUUCCAGUUCCCGCCAAUAUCCAGCAACUUCGCACAUCUAUUGCAGAGGAGUGGGACAACAUUCCACAGGCCACAAUCAACAGCCUGCUCAACUCUAUGCGAAGGAUGCGUGUCGCGUAUUUUGGUCACAGAUUUCCCAAUAAUGUGAAAUCCAUACUUGUUGAGCACAUUCAUUUUGGCACAUGUCUUGCCCAUCAGUGCAACACUGUCAUACUGAGCUUAAUGCAAGGCUACAGCUGCACUGACAUAAUUUUUUUGCUGUUGCAAUUGACUAAUUCUACCUAAGGGCGCAACGCAUUACACACAUUCCAGAUCUACUAUUAUGAAGCUGCCCGGAAUACAAGCCAAACUGCUGUCUAACAGUAGAGGGGGAUAUGCUGAUUUCAUAAUAAUGAAAAUUAUGUUGGAUAAAAAUGUUUUACACUUCUGAAAUGCUACUAGGAAACUGUUACUAUUCUGUGGAUGUUCUAUGAAUUGAGGACAACUGAAAACAUGUUUGUGUUCUGGUUGUCAUUUAACCAUUGGGUACAUUCCAAUAUCCAUACUAGCAGAAAAUACCCAUACAUGCCCAAUGCAUUGCUUUAUUCAAGGUGGUAUGAUGGAUAUUGGUACAGAGCCACAUGCUAUGAUGGAUUGGCAGUUUGGCACACAGACAAUGCCCUGCUCUUAACCUUAACAUUACCUUGACUCUUCCUCUCAGACGUUCCCCCCAGUAUGCUAGACUAAAGUGGCAGACAGACACACUAGUGGGCUUGUCCCUGCACUGACCUUUCUACACAGCCAUACACCAGCUCUCCCGCGACCUCGACGUAAAAAGCCACAGACCUCAGUCACUCACACAACAACAAAGACAGGCUCUAGGGGUCGAAGCCACAGGACCAUAUGAUUGUUUUCAAAGGCAUAACUUACAUUUUUUAUUGAAAAAGGAAUUGAAUAUUUUACAAUUUUCAAAAGGUUUUGUAAUUCCAAGCAGAUUAUUUUGCCUAUGUACCCACACCUUCACAUAAGUGUUUGUGUUGUUCCACAAUAUUAAAUCCACCCUUCAGACUGAAACACAUGAUAAAAUAUGAUGCACAAAAUCCUUCACUUUGUAGCAUCAAAGAAAUACAUAAAGAUAUGCUAUGUGCUACUUUACAUAAAGUAAAAUUGUGGGGCUUGCUUCAUCUGUUUAAAAUUGUUUACUUAAACAAAGCAACUAAAUAGAGUCAAAGUUAAACGUAGUAAAACAAUUGGUCUGAUUACUUUGAUGUACUACUAUAUCAACUUUAUUACUUUGGAUUGUACGUCAGUUAGAUCACACAUUUCAUCAGAAAUAAACACUCGGACUACUACACUUUUAUACACUCUCCUACUAGAAUACCAUAGUAUAUGCAUUAUGUGUAAAAAUAGAGCACAGAAGACAAUGAGGCAUAGUUUAAGUUUUAAAUAAAUACCAAACUAUUUUUUACAAUGGAUUUGGACAAUGUGAAUGCCUCUGGGCUGGAGCUGGAUUAGUGGCCGGAAAGGGGGAGCCUCUGCCCCCUGUUGGGUUCUAAGAAUAUGAAAUAUACUUAUUCAUGUCACUGAGGAAGAAAGGGUAAUGUAUAACGUUUACAUUAUGUCAGGAUAUGUUAUUGUUAGAGGGAUCCUCUGGGAGGAGAAGAGACACAAUCUGGUACCAGUCACCAUGACAGCCGUGAGUUGGGGUGGAUUGAGCACUUUGAGGCACAGGUCAGGUCAGAUGAAGAGAGGAAGACAGAUAUCACUAAGGUUCUGUCGAGCAACAGAGAUGCAUUGGCUGUUCAGUUGUGUAGGAGAAGAUUUAGCAUAGGAGAAAAGGUUAAAUAUCAGUGUUUGUGUGAAUAUGUCUUUGUCUGUUCAGCUGUUCGAUCCUUUGGGAUGAAUAAACUUGAAUAAACUAA